AUGAAAGCCUCUUGGCACAACGUGAAUGGCCUCGACAUUCGAGAAAGCACAAUGAUUUCCCUACAUUAUGGAUCACAUAAGGUCGAGUUCGAAACGCUUAGAUCAACAACUCUGAGGUAUAGGACAGCGGCACAGGUAAUGGAAGUUGAAGUCAAAGCCGAAGUUCCCCUUGCUGCGAAUCCUACGUUGAAGAUUGGAGACGAAAACUGUCCGGUCACCUUGGACUCAAAUCCAGCGACCCAGAAUUAUGUCGGGGUAAGAGGAGGGACCAGUAAUCGGUUUUCGCCGACGCCACGGAGCGCGGAGGUCUCUUCUAACCUUCGUCAAAGCCGCCUCGGCAUGCCUUUGUUCUCUGGGUCUUCUGAUUUCUCGCCAAAGCCCAGGCCUUUGGUGGAGCUCACACAUUCACGCCUCAACUUCCGCCAACAACAACCAUAUGAAACUGUUUCUGAGAAAGACUUGCCACUCAAGCGCAUGACAUCGGUUAUCAUUGAACCAGCGUCAGGCGCGAGAGUGCAGGCGGUGUUACUCUGGGCGCUGCCCGGCACUCCGCCGUUGCUUUUUCCUCCAUCAACCAAAUAA